AUUCAUUCGGUGAAUAAUAAUUAUGUCAAACACACACACACACAUUUAUAAAAAUCAAUUUUUUAAAAGAGUGCAUAAAAGAAGGAUAUAUAUUUUUAUCUCUUUUAUUUUUUAUUUUAUCAACACACACACUCUCGAGCAAAACACAAAUUCAGUUUGAUAUAAAACAUGGCAGCCGCAACAGACGAAUUGGUUCUUUUGGAACGAGUUUUUUUGUGUCUUGGAAGUGCUGAUACAGAUGAAAAAUUACAAUCAUCAAUAUGCAAAUUUUUACCACCAGUUUUAUUGAAAUUAUCAAGUCCACAAGAAGGUGUAAGAAAAAAAGUAAUGUCAUUAUUAAUACAUAUAAAUAAACGUGUUAAAAGUCGUCCAAAAGUACAAUUACCAGUUGAAGCAUUAUUGCUACAAUAUCAAGAUCCAUCAGCAAGUACAUUUGUUAUUAAUUUUACAAUAAUAUAUAUUAAAAUUGGUUAUCCACGUAUGGAUAUUAAAAAACAAGUUGAACUUGUACCAAGUGUAUUAAAUGCAAUUGAUGGUAAACCAUUAUCACAUCAAGAUAGUUUAUUAUUAAUAAUAAUGCCAAUACUUGGUCAUAUUGAAAUACCAAUGGAUCCAGAAAAAAGACAAAAUUUAUUGGGUUUAAAAGAAAAACGUAAUAUUGCUGCAUUAAUGGCAACAUUUAUGGUUGACAUGUUAAUAUUACCAUAUGGCUCAGUUGGAACAAGUGAUAAUAAUAAUCAACAAGGACAAAAAACAAUUGAUUGGUCACAAUUUCCUGUACCACCUGGUUUAUGUGAAUAUGCAUUUAAACGUGUUGUUGGUGAUACACCACCAAUACCAGAACAACUUGAACAAUGUAAAUUAGGAAUUGUCAAAUUUAUAACACGUAGUUCAUUUACUGAAAUUGAUAUGUUAACACCAUUAAUAAUAGCAUCAGCUGAUACACGUUUUUCUGUAGCAAAUUUAGCUGAUAUGGAAUUACGUAAAAUUGUUAGUACACUUGAUUGGUCAGCACCACAAUUAGUACUGCCAUUGUAUAUAUUAUUUCUUGGUUCAUGUUCAUUUACAAGUACACAAAAAGAUAUUAAACCAGAAAUGAAAAGAUUACCAGCAAAUACAAGAAUAAGAUUAAAGCUAUUACAAUAUUUAUGUCGUGUUAAAAAAAAUGCAAUAAUAUUACCAGCAGCAAUACAAAUUAUAUUUGAUUCAUUGUAUGGUAAUAAUACAAAUAAAAAAUUAAAAACACUUGCAUUAGAUUUUGCAUUAAAUAUGGUACAACAAUGUUCAUUAACACCACUAACAAGUGUUGCACCAAUAAUUCUAAAUGGAAUGAUUAAGCUAAUAGCUGAAGGUGAACAAGAACAUAAAUCAAUGGCAUAUACAAUUAUUGGACAACUUGGUAAAAGAAUACCAACUCUAGUCAAUAAAGAUAUGAGUUUAGUUGAAAAAUUUUUUGAAGCAUUAACAACAACAAAUGAUAAUGAAUUACGUAGAACAAUUAGAGAUGCAUUAGUAUCAAUGUCAUCAUCAUUUAUAAUGAAUAAUGAUAAUGAACAAAAUAUUACAUUAAUGAAUUCAUUAUUAUCAUCACAUAUUGAAUCAACAGAACCAAGUGUUAGAUAUGUUGCUGUGCAUUAUGUUGCAACAGUAUUUCCACAAAAUCAUGGUCCAUCACGUUAUCUAUUGUUAAUUGCAUGUGGUGAUGAAAAACCAGAAGUAUCAACUGAAGCAAUUAAAGCAUUAUAUGGUACAUCACAUAAAAAUGAAAGACAUACUAAAGAUCAUUAUUUACCUGAUUUUUCAAAUCUCGUAACAUACAUUAAUUGGCAAUUACAAACAAGAUUAAAAAAUAAAAAUCAAAUUGUACAAAUUGGUAAUAAUACAUUGCCAUAUAAUUUAACAACAUACAAUGAAAUAAUAACUUACUUGAGAUUAUGUCUAGCUAAAAGUGCUGAUAUUAAAUUACAAGAUGGUCCUGAUGAUAAUCAUCCAAAUGAUAAUUCACCAAUAAUGGCUAGAUAUUUAAAUCAGCUAUUAGUCAAAGAUACAAAAUACAUUGAUGCAUAUUUAAAUAUACUGGAGCCAUUAAAUCGUACAAGUGCUGAUAAAAUAUCAUUAAAUGCGUUGCUUGAAAUUAUUGGUACAAUACCAGUGACAAUGACAUCAAGAUUUGUCAGUGAAUUAACAUGGUUACGUACACUUUUAACAUCAACAAAAACACAUGUACGUGAAAUUGCUGCUAAAAUACAUGCAAUUAUAAUAACACAUAAUUUGAAUCAAGAAGAAUUUGAUAAACAAGCUGAUGAAUUUAUAAAUACAACAAUGAAAAAUAAAUUAAUUGAAACACAACAUGGUGCACUUGUUGCAUUACCAUAUAUGAUUGAAAGUAAAAUUAUGUCAAAUAAAUUAUUAAAUGAUAGCAAAUUAUUGUCAUUAAAUAAUUGGAAUAUAUAUUGCAAAACAAUUGAUUUAAUAUAUUUAUAUUUAAAAAAUCCAACUGGUAUUCUAGUUGAAGCAGCAACACAAGCAAUUGGUAUUAUUGGAAAAACAUAUUCAUUACCAAUACCAGAUGAUGAUGAUGAUGAUGGAGAUGAAAAAGUUUUGAGUAAAAAAAAAAUAGUCGAUACAUUAUUUUCAAUUUUAACAAAUGCUAAAAUAAGUCAUAAAAUUAAAGAAAAUGCAAUAAUGUCAUUGGGUUUAAUAUGCAUUGGUGAAGAAUUUCCAUGGACAAAAUUAAUAAUUGAAAAAUUUAUAAAUUUAUCAAAAGAAACAAAAGAUUCAUCAAUACAUUUUACAAUUGCUGAUGCACUUGUAUUAUGUGUACAAGGUAAAUCAGCACCAGAAGCAAGAAAUGCAUGGAUUGAAUUACCAAUUGAAUAUGAAAAUAGAACAGUAUUUAGUUCAAAAAGUGAUGAAUUAUUAGAAUUUUUAUUGAAUGAAUUAUUAAAAUUAGCACCAGAUCCACAUCCAAAUUCACGUCAAUCAAUAUGUAUAUGGUUAUUGGCUAUUGUUAAAAGAAAUUCAAAACGUAAAGCUGUUAUUGAUAAAUUAUCUGAAAUACAAAAUGCAUUUAUGAGUUUUCUGUCUGAAAACAAUGAAAUUGUACAAGAUGUUGGUAGUAAAGGUAUAUGUUUAGUAUAUGAUACAAGUGAAGAAAGUGGAAGAAAUGAACUUGUAUCAAAUUUAUUAAAUCAAUUAUCAGAUGGACGUCGUGCUGUAACACAAGUUAAUCCAGAUACAAAAUUAUUUGAAGAUGGUGCAUUGGGUAAAGCACCAACUGGUGGAAAUAUAUCAACAUACAAAGAAAUAUGUUCAUUAGCAUCUGAUUUAAAUAAACCAGAUUUAAUAUAUAGAUUUCUUCAAUUAGCUAAUCAUAAUGCUGUAUGGACAUCUAAAAAAGGUGCUGCAUAUGGUUUUUCAGCAAUAGCAAGUGUUGCUAAAAAUGAACUUGAUAAAUAUUUACCAAAUAUUGUACCAAAAUUAUACAGAUAUCAAUUUGAUCCAACACCAAAAAUACAACAAAGUAUGUCAAGUAUAUGGCAUGCAAUUGUACCAUCAACACAAAAAGCAUUGGAACAAUAUCAUGAUGAAAUACUUGAUGAUUUAAUUAUAAAUUUAACAAAUAAUCAAUGGCGUGUUAGAAUAAGUUGUUGUUUAGCAUUAUCUGAUUUGCUAAAAUCAAAUGCACCAAUUAAUUAUGAAAAACGUUCACCAGAUUUAUGGAAACAAUUAUUUCGUGUUAUGGAUGAUGUACAUGAAGAUACACGUAAUACAGCAACUAAAACAGCAAUGUUAUUUAGUAAAAUAUGUAUUAGACAAUGUGAUAUUGCAUAUGGUAAAACAAAUGUACUUGAAGCAAUAUUACCAGUAUUUCUUGAUAUUGGUAUAACACAUAAUGUCACAACAGUACGUUCAUUAUCAUUACAAACAGUAUCACAAUUUGUGACAACUGCUGGACCAAUGUUAAAAUCAUCACUUGUUAAUUUAAUACCAGCAUUAUUAACAGCAACUGAUUUAGAAAAUACAACACUUAAUUUAUUAAGUACACGUUAUAGUGGAUUAUCAGAUGAUUAUCAAACAACAAUUGAUAAUGUCAGAACAAAUGUUGCUAAAUCACAUAAUGCAACAGAAACAAUGAAAAAAUGUACACAAUAUAUUGAUUCAACAAUUCUAAAAGAAUUAAUGCCAAAAGUUAUUGAAUUAAUUAAAUCAAGUAUUGGUCUUGGUUCAAAAGUUGCAAUAUCACAUUUUUUAAUAUAUUUAUGUAUACAAUUGAAAAACGAAUUACAACCAUAUACUGGUAAAAUAAUAACAGCAUUAUUAAAUGGUUUAAUGGAUCGUAAUGCAGCUGUUAGAAAAACAAAUGCAAUAACAAUUGGUCAUAUUGUUGGUUCAGCAAAAGAUACACAUUUAGAUAAAUUAUUUAAUACAUUAAAUAAAUGGUAUAUGGAACGUGAAGAUGAUUCAAUAAGAUAUGCUAUUGGACAAACAUUACAAUCAAUUAGUAAUCAAAAUUAUGAAAUAAUUAAAAAUUAUAAUGAUAUUGUAUUACCAUUAACAUUUUUUGCAAUGCAUUGUGUUAAAACAGUUGAUAAUGAAAAUACAAUAACCCUAUGGACUGAUUUAUGGAAUGAAAUUGCACAUGGUACUGAGACAGCAAUUAAAAAAUAUUUAACAACAAUAACAAAUACAUUAAAUCAAGCAUUAGAAUCAGCAUCAUGGACAACAAAAGCACAAGCAGCAAAUGCUGUAUCAACAGUUGCUAUUAAAAUUGGAACAAGUAUGGAUGAUACAUCAAGAUAUACAUUAUUAAAAAUAUUAUCAUCUGGUUUACAAGGACGUACAUGGAAUGGUAAAGAAUUGCUUCUUAAUGCAUUAUCAACACUUGCAUGUAAUAGUAAAGAACCACUUAGUAAAGAUCAACAGCUAACUAAAAUUGUCACUGAUGCAUUAUAUAAAGAAUGUAAAAAAGAUAAUUUAGAAUAUCGAAGACAUGCACUUAAAGCAUUUACUGAUGUUUUACAUGAAUUAGAAAUUGAUAAUUUUGUUCAACUUUAUGAUAUUGCACAAGAAAUAUUAAUUAAAUUAUCUAAAAAAAAUAAUGGUGAUGAUGAUGAUAAUGAUGAGGAUGAAUCAAGUGCUGGUACAACUGAAGAAAGUAAUAAAAAACGUGAAAAUCAAAUGAAAUUACAAGAAGUUGUUUAUGAAUCACUUGGUAAAGCAUGGCCAUCAAAUCCAGAAAGUAAAACAACACAAGAUAAAUAUUGUCUUCAAUUUGUAACACAUUGUUAUGAAACAUUACCAAAUAGUACUAGAACAAUUCAAGUUGCUAUUAUGACAACAUUAAAUCGUUUUGUUGAAAAGCUAUUAUUAUUUAAAAUGACAAAUGAUCAAUUGACAAUUGAUGAUCAUAAAAAAAUGAAUAAAAUAUGUCAAACAAUUCAUGAUAUAUUAAAAAUAUCAAUUGGCAUAUCAAAAUAUACCAGAAUUCGUAAAGAAUCAUUAAAUAUAUUUUUAACAAUGUCCAAAAAAUUUAUUGACAAUAAACAUGAUAAACAAUUUGAUAAUUUAAAAUCAUUAUUUUGUCAAAUAUUGCCAGAAUUAACACUUGAUAAUCAGCCAGAAGUACGAACAAGAAUUGUUGAUAUUAAAUCAAUAUUUGAAAUUUAAAAAAAUAAUAAAAAUAAACAUUAACACAUGAUAUUUAAUAAAUUACUAUUUUUUUUCAAUUUUGGUUUUUUUUUUCUUUUUUUUUUUUAUUUAAUAAUACAAUUUUUUUUUCUCCUCAAUAUAAUGAAGUUUUAUAAAAAAGACUGUAUUGAAUUUAUUAUUAUUAUUAUUAAAAAUUAAUUGAAUGAAUUAAACAAAAAAAAAAUGAA